GAGAAAUAAGGUAAGUGUGAUUGAUGUAACAGCCUCGCUCCCUGGAAACGUAAGUACGCUGAUUGAAUAUGGCGCUGGACAGUGUCGAAACAAUUUGCUGGCCGCAUACUGAAAUUGAUUAUUGAUGGCAGGGCCAUUUUCUGCCCUGUGAGCUGAUUUCUGUAGACAAGACAAAUGAGUUGGAUUUACAGAAACAAAUCGUCAUCACCGCCCUCUCUGGAUAAAUUGUAAAUCACAGACAUGAAACCCAUUGAAGUGAGUGAGGAGAACUUUGAGGCUCUUCUCGUCUAUGAUGAUUUGUUUCUGGACUACUUUAAUGCAUUCCUACAGCUACCGGCAUUCCCUCAACCCCUUUACUACAAUCGUCUGACGGGGACAUUCCAAGAAGUGGACGAUGACGGGCAGAAGACAAAUUCUGCUCUGGCCUCACUUGAGGAGGGGAUCCCUGGAUCGCGUCUGCAGUUGCGCCAUGUUGCUGCAUACGCACCAGGGGACGAAGAACGAGAGCGAAUCCUGGACUGGGCAAAGAAAGAGAGGCUACCGCUAUUUUUGAGAACAAAGCUCUUCCUGGAGUACAAACUAUGCAAGCUGCUGCUGCGGCCGCUGGACGAGCGCCGGCCGACCAGCCGGCAGAACUCCUCCCGCGGCCUGCGGGGCUACAGCCGCCAGACCACCAGCUUCACCUCCACCUCGGCCAGCCUGGCCCAGAGCCGCGAGCCGUCCAUGUACGACAAUGAGGGCAGUGACUAUGCCUACUGGCUGGAUGAAAAUGAACGCAUGGCCAUGUUCAGAUAUCUGCGGCCUGGCAGCCGGUGCAUCAGUCUGCCUCCCAUGUUAGACAUAGGCCCAAGUAGUCCCAUGUGGAAUAAUGAAGUCCACUCUGAAGUACCUGCUGCUGUCACCAAUGACAGCCACCGUGAUGCUGCCAUGGCCAAGCCCUCCAGUAAGUCAGCGUCAGGCCGGCGGUCGGCUGGCAAAGUCAACCCUCUGCCGCCCCACCCGCAGGCAGAGCCAACGGAGAAUGGGUGGGUGGGGGACAUGGCGGAGUUCACGGAGGACGUCCAGCAGAGGCUGAGCCUGAAUGGGGAUGCUGAGAGCAGCUGCAAGCAGGACGGAGGGGCAGCCAGCAGAAAGAGUGCCCUUCGAAGUCCAGGGAUUAAGGGUAUCUCACCGAAGAAGAAAACCACCAUUCUGAUCCCCAACACUGAUGAUACUCUCAGCAAUACAUUGGAGGAAUCAAGCAGCACGUUCCAGUUUUUAGACAGGGUUCCGUCUCCCUCCGACGAUUAUGCUGUCCACCCUCCGGCUGGAAGCUCCAUUUACCAGACCCCCUUGGAGCAGAGUCUGCUGGCUGGAGAUGCCGAAGAUGAAGAGGAUGCGGCCACGGCAACGGCCAGCGUCAUUGAGUACGAUGAUGAGGAGGAUGAGCGGACUGAGUCGGAGCUGAGAGAGAUGGAAGGACGGCAUCGCGUCACCUUCCAGCAACUCAAGGAGCACAUCAUUGGCAGUUUUGAAGGUAUGACGGCCUUCAAGUCCUUUCUUAGUGACACAGCUGGGGAAGACAUGAUGAACUUUUGGUUGGACUGUGAGCUGUACAGUGACAAUGUGCAAGCAAUACACAUGGGAGAGUCUGCAACCAAUCCAACCAUGACCAGACUAUUUAGAGACAUACAGGAUAAAUACAAGUUCAAUCUCACAUCAGACGCCAAAGAACAAAUCAAGCGAGCACAGGGUAACACAGGGCUGAGUGAAUCAGUCUUCACACGGACCCAGUAUGACGUCCUCAGGAGAUUGCGCUCCUACUGGGUGGCCAGGUUUGUCUUGCACAAGGAGAGAAUGGGCGACUUAAGCCCCGAGAAGCACCGUUCGCUGGUCUCCGACAUGGACAGAGACCCCAAGACUCCCCAGCUCUCCUUCCUGCCCUCCAUCUCCCUGGUCAACAGCCUGCCGGUUCGGCCCUCUUCCUGCUUCCGGCUGGCCUCCACCGCCCGCGACUGGAGCCGGGUGGCCACGGCUGGCCGCCGCAUGGAGGACGUGGUGCGGCCGGGCCGGCUGGUGGACCUGGAUGCGGUACCCUAUGUGCCGCGGCCGCUGUCAGCUCGAUUCCACAUUGGCCUGGCCUGUGACAGAGAGGCUGGUAGGCCCUUUCAACGCCACCUUGAAAAACAAGUUGAUCGGAGGCUGCUGGCCAAUCUUCUCUUCUGGCAAGACGUGACUGAUUACGGAGUUGCCGAGGACCGUGCAGCAGACAGGCUGCUGCGUAUGGGGCAUGCCUGGUCCAUAUUCAACAAAUUCAUCAUGGAUGGAGGCAUGUGGAAUAUUGGAAUAGAUCCCUACGAGAGGGACAACAUCCACCGGCGUCUCCUGACCACCAGUGAUUUCGUGGAGGCAUCCACCUUUAACCGUGCCAAGGAGCACGCUGUGCUGAUGCUGCAGAGGGAGUGGCUGAUGUACUUGAAGGAGGACCUCAAGGAGUUCUUACAAUGUAGGUCCAGACCCGAGGACAGGUUCCCUUCCAGAAGCUCCCACCGUUCAUCUGCCAAAUCGGCCGUCAACGAGAAGGCACAGUCCAGCCGCCAAGUCCAUUUUGCUUUAACUAAAGCCAGUGAUGAGGACAGUUACAGUGAGGAAACAGAAUCCAGUGAUCAUGAUGACAGCAGCACAGCAUCCAAAACACCCAAACGUCAGUCGCGUAGUCAGCGCAUCCCGUCCAAGGCUGGCCGGGCCCGCCGGAAGGGUCGGGAGCUCAGCCCCGAGUCCAAGAAGAAAGCACAGCAGAAGAAGCGCAAGGAGCAGCUGGCCAUGCAGCGCAAGCUUCUACGGCAGGUCAAGAAGGCCCGGGCUGAGGCCAAAAAGAAGCCUGGGGUGAAGUUCCAGACGGACCAGGAACCGAUGGGGAAGGGGGACGGGGCCAAGGCCGGUGGAAACAAGGGUGGGGUUAAAGGGAAGGAGGAGGCGGGAGUGAUGGUGCCGCAGAUCCAAACAUACCAACCGCCCGACGCCAAAGUGCCAGAGGAGAGCAGGGAGGAUGCCACGUUCAAGAAGAUGGCCAAGAACAAACAGCUGAUGACUCUGUUCAAGAAUUACAUGCAAGAGAUUGAGGGCAAGGAGAACCUGAGUGCUUUCAACAUGUACUUUGAUAUCGAGGCUGCCCUGCGUCUUCCAGACGCCCAUGCUGAGAAGCGAUACAACCUGGCCAAACAGAUCAGCAGCACUUACUUUGAUCCCUCUUCAAAAAAGGCCAUUGAUUUAUCCCACGACAUCUUGACUCGUCUGAGCAAUGAGGGGGACCGGCCCACCGUCAAGACCCUGGAGGCAGCCCAGAAGCACGUCAUCCCCAAACUGGAACAGGUCUUCAGUAACUUCUGGAUUAUCUAUGAUUCCACGGUCUAUCAGACCGAGGCAGACAGUGUCGAUAAGAUCUACCUCAGCACUGAUGAGGUGCAGAUGCUGAUGGUGUUAACGUCGAAGGCCCACACAGAGUCAAUGGAUGACCAAGGUGGAGGGGGCGGAGACUCCAAAUUUGACAUGGCCCUGAGAUCAGGUAGCACGCAAAGCUUGGUGCUUGCCUGGAAACGACGGAGACGUGGCAAGGGUCCGCACUCUGGUCAGCAGAUGCCGACAUCCCAGGACAAGAACGAGUUUCAGUCCUUCCUGCUGAAGGCAGCCCGAGGAGUGCCUCCCGAGAAGAUGAUCUACUUCCACAGAUACCUGAUGGAGUACGGGGAGAAAGACGCCAUGCCGCUGUUGGAGAAAGACCUGGUCUUCUAUUUGGAAGUGCAGAGGUUUAAGGAGUCCCACCAUACAUACUCUGAUAUGUUCAUGCUGAAGCGGAAGGUUGAAGUGAUUGUAGAUUGCUUCAUUGACUCUCCAGUCACCAACCCUGGACUGCAGAUUGACGUACCGCCCGAGGUUGCCAGCAAGCUGCUGAAACAGACUGACAACUAUCUGAAAGACAAAGGCAAGGACCCCCAUAACCCAACACUGUUUGAUGACGCCCAGUACACAGUCUUCAAAGAGAUGCUUCCCUACUGGUCUUCCUUCACCAGACGCUUCAAGGAAUACCAUGACAAGAAUCCAAGACUUCCCUCCACCAAGAUACAGAAGUUGACAAAGCAGCGGCUUAAGAAAUUUCUGGAGAUGAAGGAGCCGCGGAGAGACUUUAAGCUUCCGUCUGUCGCCACAGCUCCCCAGAGCAGGACUGGUGGAACGGGAAUCACCUUCUCCAUCAGUGAGGGACUUCAGUGGAAGAACUUUGAGUACUCUGACGUGAGCGACGGCACAGUCUCCCCAACCCAGAGUCGUCGAGCGAGUUCCAUUGAUUCCAGCAUGGCCCCGCAGUUCCACAGGCUGAGGGUGGGGACCAACCGCAGUGGGCUGGCCUCCCAGGAUUCCACAAGCACCAAAGCCUCUCGCAGCACAACGUCCAGGGUCGGGGUCACUGCCUGAAUGACCCCGGAGGGUCAGAGGUCAUAAAACCUCUAUGCCUUGUCCCAUUGAAGACUAGUACAAGUUUAACAUGAAUCGUGUGUGCUGAUCACGUUGACAUGUGCCCAACUGCUGUAUGAUCAAAGUUUUUGAAAUCAGUAAAUUGUAUUGAUUAAGUUAUUUGUUGCAUUUCACAAAUCUGUUACAUUGAAAAACGUUAAAUGUCUGUCUAAGUAGAGGUUCACAAAAAGUAAUUGAUUCUUGAAAAUUAUCAAGUCAAAUUGGAGGGAACAAUGAACAAAAUAGCUGCCUUGUACAAAAUAAAGGAAAUCUGACAACAGCCCUUAAAUUCCUGCAACCGCUCUGUUUGACAGCUGUCUUCGUUAUACAUGUCAUAAGAAAUCCAGAAAGGCUACCAGCAUAAAUUCAAGCCUGUUCCCUCAGACUUCAAAUUUCUGUAGCCAUCUUCUAAAUGCUGGGUGGUAUCAGCAUUGAAAGUAAAUGUCAUAGAUGCAUUUUGAGCACUGAAACGGAGAACAGAAAAAGACAUACCAUUUUCUGGUCUUUAAGGAAUCAUGUUUUUUGUGAAUAUAGUCUAGUGUGAUUGAAAUAAUACCGUGUUAAAUUAAUGCACUUAUGUAUUCAAGAUGCCAGUAUGCAAAAUGUACGAACAAAGUUGCAUAGAUUUUUAAACAUAUUUGAAGAAAGAGCAUUAUGCUGUGUAAAUAUUUAGGCAUUUUUAUUUUCAUCAAAAGCUCAUUUAGUGCAAUUUUUUAAAACUUUGUACGAAAGUGCUUUGUCGUCAUAAUGCAACUUGUCAGAAAUUGAAAUGGGUUUAAACUUGUUAGCACUUUGCAUUAGAGCAUUUGCUCCUUUUGGAAAGGGGUGGGUGGGGGCAUGGCCCCAAUGGAUGGGUCCCUUGGCUCCGCCCAUGGAUAGUCUCCACAAAAUUACAUUCCAGUAAUAGAUUUGGACACAGUUUUAUCUUCUUACAAAACGAGGUGUGGGGCACGACCUUUUCGUUCAUCUCUGAGCUGCUUAUGUUGAGAAAGCCAGCCCUUGCUUAGAAUGUAAUUAAGCUUCCAGUUUUAUAUAUAUUUAUUCUGUGAAUGUGUGACAUCGUUGGAUAUAAAAAAACUUAAUAAACACAUUUUGGACUUUGUCAAAUGAAUCA